AUGAGACUUCCGAGAAAUUUUAAAAGUAUAGCUGUCGCGAUAGCUGGUGUUUUUUUAGGCUGUUGCCUGAAUGCCUUAUUUUUGGAGUAUUUGGUUAAGUGUGAUCCGGGAGCUGGAACGAUGGCAACAUUUGCUCAAUACCUGUUUAUUGCUGUUGAAGGGUUCAUAAACACAUAUAAAUUCGGCACGGCUAAACGAUAUAUACCAUUCAAGAGUUACUUAACCAUAGUUGCUACAUUUUUUACUUGUAAUGUUUUGAACAAUUAUGUGUUUGAUUUCAACAUUUCCAUGCCCCUUCACAUGAUUUUUAGAUCAGGAUCCCUUAUCACAAAUAUGGCAAUGUGUAAAUUUAUUUUGAAUAAGAAAUAUACCGGGAUGAAGUAUUUAUCAGUUGGCCUCAUUACUCUUGGAGUGAUGAUUUGCACGAUAGUCACUGGACAGGAAGUGUCUGGUGACAAAGGAAAAGGCAUAGACAUGGAUAAUAGCUUUUUUUGGUGGUCGAUAGGUGUGCUCAUUCUGGUAUUAGCCCUUUUUGCAUCAUCACUACUAGGCAUUUACCAAGAAAGGCUAUACAAAAAGUAUGGCAAACAUCCAAAUGAAGCUCUUUUUUUCACUCACCUUAUACCAUUACCUGCCUUCUUGAUUUUAUACAGUAAUAUAAAGGAACAUUUCAUAAUGGCAGUGAACAGUCCACCUCUAAAUUUGCCAGUCAUUAAUUAUCCUGUUCCAGAAACCUUAUUAUAUGUAGCCGGCAAUGUUAUAACUCAAUAUAUUUGCAUCAAAUCUGUCUAUAAGCUGACUACAGAAGCUUCAUCCUUAUCUUGUACACUGGUUUUAACUCUAAGGAAAUUUGUUAGCUUGCUUAUUAGCAUCCUAUACUUCGAUAAUGGUUUCACAAUCGGUCAUUGGAUUGGCGCAUUCUGUGUUUUUAUUGGCACCUUGUUAUUUACAGAAUUGUUACAAUUGUUUGUCAGUGAGUUUACAAAGAAGAAGGAUACUAAAAAGUACAAGAAAAAAAGAUUGUAA